AUGGGCACAACUUGGGGGCGAUCCGGUAGCAAUCGACCGUGGCUGCGAUCCUUCUUAUCCGCAACGCCACUUUGUUUUGGUCCAUUAGUAGCAGUAUCAUUUGAAAUCGCUCUCCGUCAGUUUGACGGGUCUCUGGCAAAGGUUUUGCUUGCUUUCCGAGAGCAAGGAGUUUCUCAGGUUGUGUACACUUACGGUCCCCGUUGGGAUAGUGGAUCUUUCAUUGCUUACACCUGCUGGAUAGCUUUUCAAGUAGUCCUGUAUGUUGGUUUACCGGGAUCGGUCCAUCAAGGACAACAGACUCCAGCAGGAUACCUUCUCAGCUAUCGAGUGAACGGGCUGCGUGCCUGGCUUCUCACUUACACUCUUCUGGCCGUGCUUUCCGCAGGAGGGAGGAUCGACUUGGAAUAUGUUGCCGAAAAUUGGCCCGGAUGGUUUGUCGCGAUGAACGCUUACGGGUUUCUUGCGUCUGUGGUAGCUUUUGUGAAAGCUCACGUUGCGCCAACACAUCUAGAAGACCGCAAGUUCACAAAUUGUACUGCCUAUGACUUCUACAUGGGAAUCGAGUUGAAUCCAAGGCUCAGCCCGGACUUCGACCUGAAGCUUUUCACGAACGGACGAGCGGGCAUGAUGACAUGGUCUCUGAUCGAUAUCUCUAAUCUUGCUCUCCAGUAUCGCAGAGGCUAUCUAUCUACAAGCCUCGUCCUGGUCACGUUUCUGCACACUAUUUACGUUGUGGACUUUUUCGUGAACGAAUCUUGGUACCUCCGGACGAUAGAUAUAAGCCAUGAUCACUUCGGUUUCUAUCUGGCCUGGGGUUGUUUCACUUGGCUUCCGGCGAUGUAUACGCUCCAAGCCCAAUACCUCGGACGGUACCCCACAACUCCCUCGUCGAUUUACUCCAUCAUCGUGUUUCUCCUGGGUCUUUUUGGCUUCUAUGUCUUCCGGCAGGUGAACGCUCAGAAGGAUCUUUGUCGGCGGACCGACGGCGAGUGCCUGAUAUGGGGAGAGCCUGCUCGAUUCAUUGUUGCAACUUACAUGACUUCAGACGGGACGUUACAUAGGAGUUUGCUGCUCUGCAGUGGAUGGUGGGGGCUGUCACGUCAUGCAAACUACACAGGCGAUCUCUUGCUGAGCUUUUCGAUGUGCGCAGCAGCUGGUACGUCGACGGUGAUCGUAUGGUUCUACGCUAUCUUCAUGACCGGAUUGCUUCUUCACAGAUGCCUGCGAGAUGAGGAGCGGUGUCUAGCUAAAUACGGGAAAUCAUGGGAGGAAUACUGCCGGAGAGUACCAUGGCGGCUGAUGCCAGGUAUCUGGUGA